AAACAUUUGGGGUCCUUCAGCUUCACGUGUUCGUCCCAUGCCGUCGUGAGAAGGAACCAUGCCGAAGUCUAAGAGAGACAAGAAAAUUUCCUUGACGAAAACCGCCAAGAAGGGGUUGGAGUCUAAACAGAAGUUAAUCGAGGAGUUACGGAAAUGCGUUGACACCUACAGAAACUUGUUCAUAUUCUCUGUGGCGAAUAUGAGGAACAACAAAGUGAAGGACAUCCGGACAGCAUGGAAACACAGCAGAUUCUUCUUUGGCAAAAAUAAAGUCAUGAUUGUUGCUUUGGGAAAAAGAGAUACAGAUGAAUAUAAGGACAAUUUGCACAGGGUGUGCAAGUAUCUGCGAGGAGAAGUUGGUGUACUUUUCACAAAUAAAACAAAGGACGAAGUACAAGAAUAUUUCAGUCAUUUCAAAGAGAUGGACUACGCCCGGGCAGGCAACCAGGCCCAGAUGGACAUAACUCUGAACGAGGGGCCGCUUGAACAGUUCCCUCACUCCAUGGAGCCUCAGUUGAGACAGUUGGGACUUCCCACUGCACUGAAGAAAGGAGUGGUAACGCUGCUGAAUGACCACAACGUCUGUAAAGAAGGAGAGGUUUUAACCCCUGAACAAGCUCGGAUUCUGAAACUUUUUGCCAUCGAGAUGGCAGAAUUCAAAGUGCAGAUCAAAUGUAUGUGGAACUCAGAAACAAGUGCUUUUGAGAACUUGGCUGAUGUAGAGCCUGCUGCGGCUGAGGAUGAAGAUGACAACGACGAUGAUGAUGAUUUAGAAUAACCUCCUCCAAUGGACACGCCUAUUUAACUUGUAUGGCAGAGGGAUAAUUAUGUGAAACCUUUCAUCCUGAUGGGCAGCACUGCCCCUACAGUCUCCAGCCUCACCUUUAAUAGUAUAUUUAAAUCUUCUAAAACACCAGUUUAUGAUCUGUACCUGGAAGUUUGUUUGGACUAAAUGGUUUUUCAGUAAACAUUGGAGACUAGAGUCAAAGGAAAUAAUCUUGUGUGUCUACAUACUCAAGUUUCUGUUAAAUGCAAGUCCCUCCCCAGUCAAACACCCCUGUUCUUGUAUUAAACCAGCCAUCUCAUGUUAGAAAGGCAUUUUAUUGACUGGGAUUAUUACUUUGUGUUGAAAUAUUACGUUGUUAUUUUUACAUUUAUACAAUGAACUGCUUUAACAUCUUCACACAGAUCUCCAGCUCAUCAUUUUGAAAGUAAACAUGAUAACAGUCAAAAAUCAUGAAAAAUUAAGGGAAAGUAAAUUAUGUUCUGUAGAAUCUUAAUGCAAUGAACAAAGUGCAAGUUUUUGGAUCACAGUGUCUUGAGAACAGCGUCCUCAUCUGAAGUAGUUGGGGCACUCGUGGACAACAAGGUUCCAGGCGUCCUUGAAGGCGUCGACCACUCUCUGGUCCAGAGUUCCCUCCUCUGCAGCUGUCAGGUUUUGCUGAAGUUGCUCCAUGUUUGACAUGCCAAUGAUCACUCCAUCCCCAAGAUCACCCUGGGCACAGUAGUUGUAAAAAGUUGUGCAACCAAGAUACAACUAGGUUCCUCAAUACAAAAGGGAAAAAAAAUAUUAGUUUGCAAAGUUGAUGGCUACUGAUGAAUCCUCAACUCUGCCUCAACAGUGUUUUGAGGGGGAGAUUUAGUGACAUCUAGUGGUGAAAAUUCAGACUUAAAACAGCUGGAUGUAACGCAUCUGGCUCAUCUUUCUUGCGGGAGAAAGACUGCAGAGGUCCAUGAAUAUCUGAGUCUACAGAUCCAGAGCUAUCCCCCCCUCCCUAUACUAAAGUUUCCAGUGAAACAUGACUCAUGGAAAAUUAUGAAGACUGCAUGAACCAUCUAAAUUUAAUUUCUUAUGAAAAUUGAUAGCUUUGAAAUAUUGGGUUGACAUGAAUAAAAGUAACAAAUAAAGCACCCUUGUAGGAAAAUU